GCAAUCAGGACUUAAGGUCGUCCACGAUUUCCGCAGCAAAGUUCUGCUCUGUUGGGAAUCCCGCAGAAAUAAAUUACCUAACAACUUCUGGCUGUUUUGCAUAAAUCUGCAAAAAGUUGAGAGCUCGGGAAAGUGAGACGACAAGCAGCGACUUUGAAAGUCCCUUUUGUCUUCCACCUUUAAAAGGUCCCGCGAUUUCGUGGAAAGUGGGGGGGGGGCGGAUUUGGAGAGUGCGACACCGACCUCCAGGAAAUGAGUAAACAAGAAAGUGGCCGUAGUAACUGUCGACGCUGAAAAUCAGGCUGGUAGGAUGCUAGUGAAAAAAGGGACAAACAUCUGUUGAACUCUUCUUGUUUGCGGAGGAGGGGGACAGCAACGGGACCUGAGUUCACUGUUUAAUUCAACAAAAAAGUUUGUUGCUGGACGCAGAAGGGUUUUGCCAUGCCAGCAGGAAUCUUCAAGGUGUGCUUGGUGGUGAUUGCAACUAUUGUCAACCAUCCACUCCUCUUCCCAAAGGAGAAUGUUACUGAAAACACAGAGGGGAUCAUCCAGAAAAUGAAAGAGCGGGAGGAGAGCCUGAGAUUAGAACAGCUUAAACUGGAGCAGGAGAUGGCAGCCCAAGAAACUUUAACCAAGUCUUCAGAAAAAGCCAAAGAGUCAGAAGAGCAGUACACCCAUGAUCCACUCUCUUGGAACUUCUGGACUGCCCUGUCCUUGGUGGUUUUCCUGCUAAUUGAGCUGUGGAGGCAGGACUACCAAGAAGGGAUAUGGCAAGACUACGGUACUGAGGAGGAUGAAAAUGCAGUUCUGGGAAAGGCAUUCAAAUGGGUUUUACUGCCAGAUAAAAUCACACUGGCUAAUUUCUAUGAAAGAUGCAUUCAGAAUGUGACCAGUGAAAUUGCUAGGAACAGAGAGCUUGUAGAAGGAUUUGCAGACGACUUACUGGAGGCCCUAAGGAGUGUGUGUAACAGGGAUGCAGACAUGGAAGUAGAGGAAUCUAUAGGAAUCGGGAGCAUGUAUGAAAACUGGAGAGUUCAGAAACCCUUGGCCUGUGACUUUAUUGUUCCUUUUACUCCUCCAGAGCCAUACUGUUUCAAGUUAGAAACUUGGGAUUCAGGAGAAUCCAUUCCACCAGACAAACAAGGUUAUGGUAUGAUAAAGAUCUGCCAGGCAGAUGAGACCUCAACAGGUUGUAUCUGUGACAAGACAAAGUUGGGGGAAGACCUAUUGUGCCUCCUUCAUAGCAAAAUGAACCAGUCAAGACACAACAACCAUAUGGAGAACCUGCUUUGCUACAAAGACUCUCAAUACCUUGAUAGUGACCAAGUAAUGGCAUGGUUCCAGGUUGCACUUACAAAGGCAUGGAACAAGAUUUCACACAAGUAUGAAUUCAAUCUCACUUUCAACCUCCUGGACUCUCCUGGUGCCCUAAAAAUAAAGUUCAGAUCUGGAAAGACCAUUGCCUUUAAUCUUACCCCAGUGGUUCAGUAUGCUGAUUCAGAUGUAUACUUUAUCUCCCAUUUCCCAUGCAGUGGCCUAGCAGAAGAUUCUACAUCCAGUAUUCACUGGUUUCUUACAUUUGCAGUGUAUGAAAAAAGGUACCUACAAUUUGUUUCAAAAAUGCUGCCCGCCAGCUCCUGCCACCUUAGCUGUCUCCAGAUUCUGUCUUUCCUCCAUGGAAAGCAAUGCUGUUUAGCAGGACCAAGCAGUCUUACAAACUACCACUUGAAAACAGUGAUGUUGCAUUUGCUACAGACUCAUCCCAGUUCAGACUGGGCUUCUGGCUUCCUAGAGGCCAGGCUACAGGACAUGCUCAAAUUUUUGGAGAAAAGUUUGCAUGAAAAGAGACUCUAUCAUUUUUUCAUUGGAAAUAGGAACCUGCCAGAGGAACUGGGCAUUCCAGUGGCGUUCCAGAAGGCAGAACCUAUGAACCUUUUUCGGCCCUUUGUGUUGCAACGAAGUGCUUACAGGAAAACGAUGGACAUGUUUCAUGAGAUGCUGAGAAACACGUCCGCUUUAAUAAAUGAGUACACCAUGCAUGUCCCUAUGGGACGGGCAAGUCCACUAAAUAAGGAACUACUGUAGUAAGACAGUAUUUCUUGCCCCCAAAACUUUGCAAUACAAGCAACUCUUCCCAUUUAGGGAAGACUAAUAGAAAAUUGAGACCAAGGGAGUCUGCAAAUGGUUCCAAAGAUUCAAAAAUGCAUGCCUCUAUUCUCCCAGUAUUGCUGACUGAUGUUAGGCAGCUUUGAAUGUUUUACAACUGGAUAGAAUGUUUGCUGGGAUAGUAAGAAGCAAGAAAGAAGCCUCUAAUUUAUUUUUUUAUCUACACUGCAGACCUGAGGUUUGCUAGAAGGUGUCUGCUUUGUUAAAGGUGGAAAUCAUCGUAUCUCUGCAAAAGUGCCCCUUCUUUCCAAAGGGCAGCAGCUCUCAUGGGACAAACAUUGUUAUGAUGUUGUUGAUAAGAAGGUUUAAAGCCAAUACUUGACAAAUGAACCAACCUUCUUUGCACCACUUUAUGAAGGAAUUGUUUAAAUGUAUGGCAAAAUGUUGCAAGAGUGCCACCUCAGUACCUGCAGUAGUCUAUAAAAACAGUAUCUACCAUUGCACUCAAAAUUCCUGAAAUAGCUGUAAUUCCUAUUAAUCUUUCAUUGCCUAUCUAUGGAGUUAAUUCCAAAAACCAACCAGUGAUGUAAAGCAUCGUGCCAUAAUGGGCUCAAAUACGGAUUUUCUGUGUCUUAUAAAGUUUUACACUUUUCAAGACUGAGGACUGGUCUGAGAUGGUAGAAGAGAGUGAGGCAAAAAUAAACCUACACUAAACAUUCCCUGCAAACAGAAAAGCAGUAUGAUAAUCUCUGUCUGCCCUGUUUUGCUAGUUUUUUACUUGCAGAGUUUUUUAAUUACAAAACAUAGAACUCUGAAGUAGUACACUCUAUUCCAGCAUCUCACAGUGCUUUUUAAACCUAGUUCUGUUGCAUUUCUAGACCAGUCUUAACACUCACCAAAAUAUCUUUUCAGGUUUCUCAUGAAUGCAUUUGUGUUGCUUAUGUCUUUUUAAAGAAACUGGGCAGGGGCAAAAAUAUUCCUUCGUGCAAAGACCAACCUGGUAGAAUAUUUCUUAAUAUUCUAAGAAAAAUGUAAUGGCAACAAGUAUUCACUAGUCUGCUUCCAGACUGCCGAAUUUACAGUGUACUUCACAUCCUGCAACCUAUUUUUACAUGUCAGUUUUACAAGCAGACCACAAGAGAGAAGCAAACUGUGUUUCGUAUUUCCUGAGAGGGUCUAAAUUUAGUGAGCUGAAAGCACCAGAAUGUGUGUCCCAGGUUCCACAAGGAAUGCCAUCCUGAUCAAGCAGGCAAAACUUAAUGUUUGAUGUAAUACAAGGAAAGGAGAGCAAAAUAAAAGCACUGUGAGAUGUA